GCGAGAUUUCCGGAAAAUAAUGUCCGAAAAAAUAUCUUCAAAUUACACUAGUCACACCGUUUCAACAUGGCGGCGACCAGCAGAGUGUUUAGCCCAAUAGUGGUUGCUGCCAGGGUUGGUAUAAGACACUGUUACACUGGCACAAGAGGCAAUUUGGCCAUCAACAAAAACACGAAAGUCAUAUGUCAGGGAUUUACAGGGAAACAGGGUACUUUUCAUAGUCAGCAAGCUAUAGAAUAUGGAACACAAAUGGUUGGUGGUGUCUCACCUGGUAAAGGGGGCCAAAUCCAUCUGGGAUUACCGGUAUUUAACUCUACAAAAGAGGCGAUGGAAGCAACUAAUGCUGAUGCUUCAGUAGUGUAUGUGCCUCCCAAAAUGGCCGGCCAGGCCCUGGUGGAUGCUAUAGAUGCUGAGGUUCCUCUCAUUGUCUGUAUCACAGAAGGUAUCCCACAACAAGACAUGGUCCGGGUAAAACACAAACUUCUACGCCAGAAUAAAUCUCGUCUCAUCGGCCCAAACUGUCCUGGAAUAAUUAGGCCUGGCGAGUGUAAAAUAGGAAUUAUGCCAGGUCACAUUCAUCAAAAAGGAAAAAUAGGUAUUGUGUCGCGUUCAGGCACUCUUACCUACGAGGCCGUGCACCAGACCACUCAAGCUGGACUAGGCCAAACGCUGUGUGUUGGUAUUGGUGGUGAUCCAUUUAAUGGUACAAAUUUCAUUGACUGCCUCGAAGUCUUCCUGAAUGACCCUGCCACAGAAGGUAUUGUGCUGAUUGGUGAGAUUGGAGGCCAGGCAGAAGAAAAGGCAGCUGAAUAUCUUAAAAACUUCAAUUCUGGACCCAACGCUAAGCCCGUAGUGUCUUUUAUCGCUGGCCUGACAGCGCCACCUGGCCGUCGCAUGGGUCAUGCAGGAGCUAUCAUUGCCGGGGGCAAGGGAGGUGCAGAAGAGAAAAUUGAGUCCCUGAAAUCUGCAGGUGUUCAUGUGAGCAUGUCUCCUGCUCAACUAGGCACCACAAUGCUCCAGGCUAUGAAAAAAUAGCAGUGAUUAAUUGUAAGUGGUAGGCGAUGGGAAUGACCCAAGAAUCCUAGUGUACAGAAGGUGAUACAACAAUUAUACAGGAACGUAGCAAUGAUGUGAUUGACUCUUUCAUUAAUUUUAUUCUGAUUUAUCCUGUGCAAAAGUUUCGUAUGGCUAAGGACAACAGCUAGAGAUGUACCUGUUCCGGAUUUGUUUUAUUGUGUGACAGGUAGACUUGUGACUCGUUUUGAAAAUAGCUGACAUAUGACCGUUAAUAUAAAUACCAUUAAAGUUAUCCAGAUACAUUA